AUAACUGUUCGUACGUGUUGUGAAUGUGAUAUAAAAGCGCCAGGUUUUAUGUUACCAGCCGGCUGUAUUAAAUAGAAUGAUAGUAUACCGUAUUAUCAUUAACUAAGAUAAACAAAUGAAAGUGACCAUGCUUAUUUUGAUUUUUAUUGUAUGCCCCCUGGAUGGCAUACAAGCAAAUACGCAUUGGAUGGUCACAGAAAGUGGCUUAAUUCAGCCAAGGGUUGAUUCUCCAUUUGAAUUGGCUCGACCAUACGAUCUGUUAGCUUUCUUAGAUCAAGAGACAUAUUGGAAUGAAAUCUUUGAUAUUUAUAAUGAUUUGUCGAAAAGACAAAUAUUGAUUGAUAAAUUAUGGAAUGAUGUGGAUAAAAACACAGAUAUUGGUUUGCUAGUUCUAUCUGAUAGAAAUUGUUUGAGAGCAGGGCAGCUCAAACAGUUGGAUUGGUAUGUGUCGUAUUCUGAUGAUGGUAGUUCUCGGAAUAUACCAGACUAUGUGUACCAAGUUACACGUCCACUGUUUACUUUGGAUCUACACGUCCCGGACUGCAAGAAAAUAUCAUCGUUAAUUUUUAGUAUGUCUACAUUUGAACAUUUAGAGAGCAUGAUUCAUAGAAAUAAUUUAACUAUGGUGGGAGAAGAGCAUUUACCUGAGAAGGUGGCACCCAUAAUGACUCUAGACCAGUUUGGUAACUGGGUAGCUCGUAUUCUUAAGAAGAAUAACACAUCAUGGCUGCAUUAUCACAUGGCUUCUAUGUAUUGGCGAGUGAGAGGUAAAGCUCCUAAGGCAAUUGAGUGCAGUCGCCGGGCUAUACAUUAUGCACCAAGAGAGUAUAAAGAUUUAGCGCUGUUAGGAUUGGGCACUAUACUACAUGUUAGUAAAAUGACUGAAGAUGCAGUGAUUGUAUUGAAUGCGGCAGUAGACCACAAUCCAAACUCUUACUUAAAUCACUUUCAUUUAGCGAAUGCUUAUGCGGUGCUCUGUGACUUUAAUAAUACAAGUAGACAUUUGAAUGACUGUCUAAAAUUAAAUCCUACUUUUGCUAUUGCUAUUAAACAUAGACAUGGUGCAAAUUGUCUAGGAAAUGUAUGGCAAAGGUUGAUAGUGGUAAAAAAAGCAUUAAAUCAGUUGCGUGACGAGCUUGUAACCUACAGACAAAAAGAGGUUCAAAUGCUCAAAUUACAAACAUCAAUACUAAAGUCAAUGAAAGUAAAUGAGGGACAUGAUUAUAUGAGUGUCGUGAAAAAUUGUGAGAAAAUGACAGAGUUAACUGGUCUCGAUAUAAAAACGCUUAAAGUUAGGAGUGAUAGGAAUUCACUCAUCAAGUAUUUUCUCGAUGGACCAAUAUACAAUGAUCUGUGGACGGAUAAAACCAGUUUACAUGUGAUUGAAGUAGCUUUUAGCCUGCAAAGAUUGGCCAGACAUAUUGACAAGCAUUCGAGUAUAGCUUCAGAACUAAUGGUACAGUCUGAUCUACUACGGUCAGCGGAACAUAGGGCUCUGAAGGAACAUUUGAUGCCAUCCUCAAUACCAGAAAUUACAAGUAAAGUAAAUUCAGAUUCGAAAGUAGAUGCAAAAGAAGAUACGAAAGUAGAUAAAAAACCUAUUAAUGUUGAAGAGGAGUUGAAUGUAUUUGAAGUUGGAGUGCAUUUGUUCCCACGAACUAUGAAGAUAAAUCGCAACGAAGAAGACUUUGACAAAGAUCCGGAAUGGCCAUCGAAAAGUUUUUGUAAAGAACAUGCACCAAAUUUUCCACAGAAUGUUGAAGCUAUAUAUCCUGUAUUUUUGCCGUUUGAAAACAAAGGCUUAAUGCUGGGUACAUUGCUAACUGAUAAGUUGGGAGUGCCGGCGUCUGAGGAACAUGAUCUGCCAUGGCACCCACCUACCUGCCCUCAUGACAAAGCCUCCGCAGCCUUCACACAGAAGAAAAAGAGUCAGUUGGUGGGUGAAGUGAACAGAACGGAUCAUGUGAAGCAGAAGUUGUUGGAAUACGCGGGUAACGGCAACAGCGACCUCGUACGUCACAUGCACGAAGCUGAAAUAGGCCAUAGGAUAUACGUCGCCAUGAAGAAGAGAUUGGCACCAAAAUGGAUUCUGUACACGUUAUCGUCACUGUACUGGCGAGCUCGUGAUAACAAUGUAAACGCACUGCAUUGUCUACUGACAGCCAGUAAAGGUGUGCCAGUACGAUACAAGGAUAUAGUGCUGGUCUCCUUGGCCUCCGUCUGCUUGGAGAUGGGAUACUUUGAUGAGGCUCUGACAGCAGCUGAGGAGGCUUUCAGACUUAGCUUGUAUGAACCGGCAACAAACUUUCUUUUAGCAGAAUUAAACAUGUUGAAGAAACAUCGACAUACUCACAUGUUUCAUUUGAAACAAGUUGUACGAGUUGACAAACAGUUCCUCGGGGGUAUUGCUAAAUAUGUAUUGUAUAGUUGGGGCUGUGUGCUGAAAGAGGCCAAUGAUUUGUCUGAUUUUGAUUAUGGUAAAAGCGACGUGUGCACGCAGCUGGAGCCGGGUGUGAACAUGGUGUGUGACAAGGAGGGCACUAACUGUCAUGUCACUAAUGUCAAAUGUCCCAGUCAUAUGGAGAAAGCGGAUAAAAGCGUAUUAGUUCGCUUACUGGAGCUAAAAGACGAGAGUAUAAGACAAGCGCACGUUGAUAAUGUAGACGAGGAUCUGUUCGAGCCGUUCAUAAAGAACAUGCCCAAAGACCGCGCCGACUUUCUGGGACAUCAGCUCAACUUGGACACCAUGAUGAUCACUAUAUCCAAUUCCCUCAAGGACUGCGGACCCAAAGGAUGUCACAAUGUGCAAGCAGAAGAAAUGUCUCUGAGGGAAGAAGACUGUACUUACCAUCACUUGCAGCUCGGCUACUGGCUUCACGUUGUUAGUUUCAAGCACCCAUUCUCUGAUCCUAAUUUGCGACUGUUGGAUAUAAUAUCACUGAGUCCAUCUAACAAGAAGGUCCCGGAAUGCCGGGUAAGUGGGGAUCCUGCGCGGGAUUACUUUCUGGAGCGAGUGAUGAGAGUGGACGACGAGCACUGGGAGCCUGUGCUCACACUCAUGCAUCAGUUUGCUGAACUCUUCAACUACUUUGACUACGUCACGUUAGGAGCCAAGAUAGCCAAGUAUUUAGAGAAUAAGCCGCGGUCGUGGGCGGGGGCGCUGUCGGCGGGGUGGUGGUGCGGCGCGAGCGGACGCGGCGAGUGCGCAGUGCGCUGUCUGGCCUCGGCGCUCUCGCUCGUGCCGCACGCGCACGCGCAUCACGUCUGGCGCGCCAUCGUCGCUCUGCUGCACACGCAAUCAAAACAAAGGGAUGCUAAGGACAUCGCAUACCUAUCAUUCUACCUUUCGCCGAAGAGCAAGGUUGAGGCUUUUCUGGUGGCUGUAUCACACACAUGCGUUGCGGAGUUCGAGCAGGCCGUGUGGAUGUACCGGUACGCACUGUCACACGACGAGAGAUACCUGCCGGCCAAGGCGUGUCUGCACGCCACCAUCUGUCUCAUGCUCUUUGGCGACAAUGCCAAAGAGCAAGCGGGAUAACUUCCAUAUACCAAAGAGUAAAACAUGUCGAGGCAACGGAAAAGUUCGUGUCGAAGUCAAAUAUAUUUUAAUAUUUGUCUGCAUUUAAAUCUGAUAUAGUAAUAAGUAGUUGUAAUAAUUGAAUGUCUGCUUAAUCGAUGUUGUCAGUCUACGGUUUUGGACGAAUUAAUAUUGUUUUUAACAGAUGUCGUAUUAAAUGAUUAAUGUCGGAACCCCGCGACUUCGUCAGCGUAGAAUUAAAAAAAUUUGCCUGUAAUAUGCCCGCCUGCAUCGGCUACUUUCCUGUCAAGUCCCUUCCAAAUUGGUCUAGACGUUCCAGAGAUUACCCGAAAUAAACGCGGCCUUUCAGAGAGAUAUACAGACACACAAAAACUUUAACCCAGGUUUCGUUAUCGGCUACACAAAUACGUCAUGUGUACGAAUUAUAUAUAUUUUUUUCGAUAUUAUAAACAGACAUUCCGAUUAUAUAUAUAUAGGUUUUGGAACGGGAUUCCAAA